CUACCACUGCUAAUAUUGGCAAUAUUCCUCCCAAUAUUGGGGCACUAUUCUCUGAUACAAUGAUGGGGCACUAUUCCUCCACAACACCAUGAUGGGGCACUAUUCCUUCCACUGUCUAUUCCUCAGUGAAACCACAAUGGCGCAAUACUAAUCCAACAAUGGGGGGCCAACUGAUAUUCCUCCCACUGAAACCAACAAUGGGGCAAUAUUGCUCCCACUGGCUCCAACAAUGGGGCACUCGGUCUUCAACUGAUACCAAUGAUGGGGCACUAUUUAUGCCACUAAUACCAAUGAUGGGGCAUUACUCCUCCUUCUACUGACCACCAACCCUAAGGGACAUUUUCUACCCCCA